UACCCAAUUCCCAACACCCCCCAAAUUCCACAUUUGGGUCCAAAGCUCUCAUCUUUAUUCCUUCCCUUUGUGCCCAGGGUUUCGAUUUUGUGUGGAUUUGUAACUCAAAUUUGGGAGAGGGAUCGUAAAGAUUGAAACUUUUUUGUGAGCUAUGCAGAGCCAGCUUGUUUGUAGUGGUUGUAGAAGCAUCCUUUUAUAUCCAAGAGGAGCUUCAAAUGUUUGUUGUGCAUUAUGCAAUAUAAUCACCCCUGUCCCUCCCCCUGGUACGGAAAUGGCUCAACUUAUUUGUGGGGGUUGCAGGACGUUGUUAAUGCAUACACGGGGCGCAACAAGUGUGAGAUGCUCCUGCUGCCAUACAGUCAACCUUGCUCCAGCAACCAAUCAGUUUGCCCACAUCAACUGUGGGAACUGCCGGACAACGCUUAUGUAUCCAUAUGGGGCUCCUUCUGUUAAAUGCGCAGUCUGUCAGUUUGUUACCAAUGUUAUGGGUGGCAAUCCACGACUCCCAAUUCCAGUUCAGAGACCCUCUACUUCAGCAUCAAUGCCUAAUUCUCAGAGUCAAACUGUUGUCGUUGAGAACCCUAUGUCGGUUGAUGAGAGUGGAAAAUUGGUGAGCAACGUUGUAGUUGGUGUCACAACAGGGAAAAAAUAGCAUCCAGAUCCUGGAAUCUACCGCAGCUACUUUUACUUUGAAGGAACUGGAAUCCUUAUCACACAUUACAUGGAAGAUAGACAUCAAAAUUGGUUGUAUAUUUUGUUGGGGAUGUUCAUAAUUUACAACAUUUGUGCGAGAAACUAUGUCAAUCUGUGGUGUCAGAUUAAUGUAUGAUGCACUUGAAACACCUGAAGUGGAAAGGAUAUUCAUGUCAUUCUUGUGAUUGCUAUAUCACCAUGUGUUGUAGUUGAUUGACUGCAGAUAAAGUAUAUAUGUUCCCGGAUCUAAUUGUCAAACAUUUAUUCUGUAUUUAAAAAAAUUUAUUUGGUUGAUGAA